AACAUCAUCAAAAGGAGAAAAAAAAAUUGUUCUUCAAAUGGAAAAGUUUUCAGCCAAGGUUUUCAUUUGCAGUUUAUUUGCAGCAUAUGUUUUGCUAUCUUCCCCAGCAAGGUCCCAAGAAGUUGAGGAUGAGAGCGAGUUUAAUUACGAUGAAGAUAGUGAUAGAGGACCAUCUCAUUGGGGAGACAUAAAACCAGAAUGGAGGAUGUGCGAAACUGGAAGAAUGCAAUCACCAAUUGAUUUGAAUUAUAGAAGCCUUCAACUGGCUAGAAUAGGACCCCUUAAUUUAAACUACAAUCCCUCCAAUGCUACCCUUAAGAAUAGGGGUCAUGAUAUUGAGUUGGAGAUUGUUGAUCCAACAAGCUCUCUACAAAUCAAUGGAAGUCGUUAUAUCCUUAAACAAUUACAUUGGCACAGUCCCUCUGAACACACCAUUGAUGGACGAAGACUGGAUCUAGAGCUACACCUGGUGCAUCAAACUCCCACAACUAAUCAAAUAGCAGUGAUUGGAAUGCUUUACAGGAUUGGAUUAAGAUCAGACUCAUUACUCUCAUUGCUAGAGGGGGAUUUGAAGGCACUUUCUGGGUCAAGUGUUGGAGCCAAUAGAUCAGUGGGUGUAUUUGAUCCAAAAGAGGUUGACAUGGACACAAAUUUGUAUUACAGAUACAUGGGUUCGUUGACUACUCCUCCUUGUACCGAGAAUGUUACUUGGACCGUCUUUACCCGGAUUAAAAGCGUUAGAAGAGAACAAAUCAAUUUGUUUCGAGAUGCUGUUCAUGAUGAUUCAGAUGGCAAUGCGAGACCAAUACAACCAAGCUCAAUGGCAGUGCAGUUCAAUGUAGACUUUAGUGAUUAAUUAAACUCGGAUUAAUUAAAUAUCGUGACAGUCUUUUUCAUUUUUUUAAAGUAUUAUUAUUAUUAUUAUUAUUGUUAUUAUUGUUGUU